AUGUCUGUGUGGGUGGGCAGUGGCGCAGGCGGCGACAUGCUCGCGCCGCCCGCUGCCACUAUCCUCUCUACUAACACCUCCAUGGAAUCGGGGAUUGAGGCAGGGGUGCUGCCAACAGUCACAGGUUCCCUUGCAUCGGCUAGAGACUCCCUUGGUUCUAUAUCACGGGCGGCGGAACCGCUAUAUGACACAGAUCACACGGACCUCGGCUCGGAAUUGGACGAGGCGGAGAUACGGAGGGAGUUGAUGCAUGAUGUGAGAACCUUUGAAAACUUACUUUUACUAUCUAUCGUAUACUAUUUAACAAUAGACAAUUCUAUCACUGGAUCAUCUAGUACCUAUAAAUAUAAUUGA